UGUUACAAUGCGUAAAUUUAUGUAGUAUUCCUACGUGUUACACAUCGUAAGCACACCGGUUGUCAAUGAAGAGGGUGAUGUUUUAACACUGCCAGAGUAGAAACAGUUCCACGGGUGUGAUAUGACAUUUUAUCAUCAAUUUGUACUUUAUGAAACUUAAUGCCAUGGCAUCUCCGCAAAAUCUGGCCUAUGGAGCGCAACAAGAGCAAACAGUCUUAUUGCCAUCAGCAGUGAACAACGCACAAGCAGCUGAGGAGCCAGUACACAGGAAGCAGCUGUAUAAGUUUACACGUAACAAAUGGUGGAUAUUGCGGAUUGCGAGGCACUCACUAUCCAUCUUCAUGCUGGGAGUUGGCAUCUGGAUAGUGGCGGAAAUCAAUCAAUUCUAUGGGAUAGCUGGCUCUUUGGGAAAAUCAGCGGGGUAUAAAGCAUCGCCGUCUUUGAGCCUGCUGAACAAAUUCAGGAUUAUUGGGUGCAUCUUGAUUAUUGCGGCCUUACUUGAAAUAACGACGCUGCUGUUGAAUUGUUUUGUCAUCUGUCAAGCUCAAAGGAAAAGGCGAAAAACAUUGUGUACCGGAAUGCACUGCGUACUGGCUCUCUGUGUGGUUGCCGAAUUUGGCGCUGGUGUCGUUCUUGUCCACGAGUGGAGGAUCGCCGAAGAAUCAACGGAUCCUACGCUAGCUAGGGCACUUUCCAAAUAUACACGUUGGCCCACUCAUCUUAAUUACGACGGCACGCUGGACAUUCUGCCAGCUGCGGAGAAUAUUGAUUUGGAUGUUAUGCGAACUACGGUGUUCAUUAACGCGCUGCAAAUGCAGCUAGGGUGCUGUGGCGUCAAUGGUUUUGCAGACUUUAACGUCUCUGCUGAUUACAACACAUUUCCUUCCUUUGAAGCGCCUGUGUUCUGCUGCGAAUUUGCCGACACUAACAGCCGUCUGCUAAAAAGCCGACACUGCUAUAAUGAGCGCUUACGCCGCACGGAACCAUCUUCGUUUUUCUCUAAGGGUUGCGCCGAAGCGAUUCAGCAGUACACCGAUGCAAAGCGUCCGCAUAUACUCAGCUUGCUAUUUGUUCCUGUUUGCCUAAAGAUUGCAUUUCUCCUUAUUGGAUCAGCCCUAUGGGUUCGUUCUUACUUGGCAUGGCGUUAUGCCCAAAGUAUCUGCUCUAGAACUGCUAAGUGUCUGGCUGAUAUGCGGACUGAUUUGACUUCCCGAACGAAAAUGGAAGACACUGAGCACCCGUACAAGGAUUACGAAGGAAGUAUGGGGCGGUUGCAUCGACACCAUGAUGCUGCUUUUCCUGGCAUUCAGCAGACGUUAGAACACAUUCAGCGCUGCCUAAAGGACAAACAUCCGGAGGAACUGGCCAACAAAUACGGUCAGCUGCCGGAAGAGGUGCUGGACUUCAUAUAUGAAUGCAAUCUCGCCAUUUUGAGAAUUUGUCAAGCCUCGCCGUUUGGCGACAUUAGCGAGUUUAACGUGGAGUUUAUGGAAGAUUUGUGGCAUUCCUUAUAUAAACUGCGCAAAAGCUGCACUGAGCUGCAGUCCGCUCAAGCAGCAAAAAACCAGCCCCAGGUGGUGCUCCGUCAGAUGAAUCAGAUCAUAAACGGUGCUUUAGCAUCGUACAACUCCUGCUAUACAGCUUCCUCGGCGGCCGUCAAUCUUGCCGCCACUAAAAGAUUCGGCCACUCAGCUGAGAACAUUCUGUCCGAGAGUGGAAAGUUGGUACUAGACUGGGCAUCCAGUGCCGUUAUUUCCGAGGAACAUCUUAGUGCAGUGCUAAACCAGAGACAAGCAAUCGGGGGGUAUUUCACACCGAGUCGGAUUUUGGCUGGAUAUCCGCUGGAAUGGCAAGAGCAAGCCAAAGCGGAUAUAGCCGGUCAACUCGAUAAAUUCAAAGCCGGUGUAAAUGAAUUCCUGGUGAAAGCGAAGGCACUGUCGGUCAUGCACAAUGACGAUGAGCGGUAUGCGGGGGAGUGGGAAACUGCAAAGCCAGCUGGACAGCGUCAAUAGCGCCUUAGCGGAUCUGUGCGCUUGCAUUGCCAUGAAAGUGCCCGGCGUGGCUGACUGCGAUCCGGCUGUGCUAGACACCUUGACGGCAGUGGACCACAUGGCUAUAUCUCUGGCAAAGGGGAAUGAUCCGGAGAUGCGCAAUGGCCGAGCAUGGGCGGUAGACAUCUUGAGCAAGCUUGUACCACGCUACGAAGAGAUAAAGCGACUUCUCAGCCUGAUUCAGCAGUACCUUCUACAUAACUAUCGCAGUCCACGGAAGUGCACUAGAACGUUAUUCCACUGUGGACAACUAUUCGUAGAGCUCGACAAGCAUCGCCGCUUCUUUCGGGUGGAAGCGUGUGGUUUAGCGUCGCUGAUUACCAAUCCUCUUCACCGGGAUUUUUUACUGAUCAGACUGCAGAAACUAACAAAUAACCUGACAGCAUUUUUGAACGAAUGCAGCACAUACUGCCGAGACCAGUACCAUACCUCGGACUGGGCGUUCGAAGUACAACAGAGGAAAAUCGAAAGUAUCAUUGAAUCCGUACAGGAAGAUCUGACUGCAAUACAAGAGAUGCACGAAGAUCAACAUCCGACCGACGCAAACGCAUGAAAAUGUCGACUACCAGAGUAUUAACCAAACUUUGUUUGGCAUUUGUAGUUUUACGGCACUGCGACGGAUGGGGCUGUGUCCUUUUGUUGAUACGAUAUACAGCAGAUGCAUUUAUUGGGUUACCUUGUUACUGUUGUUGUUAAUAUUCAGCUGCUGUAUUUAUCAAUGGUAUUAUGGUAGUGAUGAACUCUACAAGGACUCGUUUCCGGAAAACGGCUUCUUUUAUUCCUUAUUUCCUUUAAAGACUGAAGUGUUUGAAUGUUUUUGGCCGGGCUCUGAGUGUGUUGAGUAUGAAUUUGUUUGGCAUGCUCUGGCUUCCUUUUGGAUGCCUAUUUGAAUAUAAGA